AUGCCUGCUUCUUUAAUGGGCGAUCUGAAAAAAUGCCUCGCCAGUGGAGAAUAUGGGAAGCUCAAGGACUGUCCCCUCUUUGAAAGCAAUUUUGUGCAGGUCACAAGAUCGGGGGAGGUGGCCAACAAGGUCACCGUGGGAAUUGCUGCCAGCAGUCCCAGCUUGGAGCUGCCUGAUCUCCUGGUGCUGGCACGGCCGGUGGCAUAUCCGAGGGAGGAGUGCACGUGCGAGGAUCCUGAACCCACACUGGCCCCUAGAGAGGAGCUGCAGCUUAUUGCGCUCCUUCCUCUGAAGUUUGUCCGCAUCUAUGUUCAUGACGACACCCGGUACCAGUUGAAAGUGAGCCUGGCCAACGGGCGCAAGUUCUAUCUGCAGCUUCUGGCCCAUCCUCAAAAACUGGACUAUCUCUUUGGGCAGUGGGUCCGGAUCCUCUACCGCCUGCGAUUUUAUCGCACGGAUGCUCCGAUCAGCUACCAACAGGCCUACCCCCAUCGAAUUAUUUCGAGGAAUUCAUAA